GUCAACAACAACACAAUGUUUAAGUUUAUUCUUCUUUCGAUCUAGAUUAAAUUUCGAUCUAUUUUAAUUAUAAGCGACACUUCGAAGUAUUGACCAAGAUGCCGAUUAAAAUUUGACUCUGUUUGAUUUGUCUGCCUGAUGUGUGAAGAGACUGGGAUGGAUGUCUCGUACGUGAUCUUUUUCCUACGACAUCUCUUUAUUGUUACAGGGUCACCUUGGCUACCGUCGAUAAACAUAACUCACAAGCCUGCGACCGUAUCUGGCUGUGAUGACGGACUAGUCGCUGGCGUGGACAGGUUAAAUCUGCAUGUCUCGGUGCAUUCAGCAGCACAAGCGGACUGGCACGUGGGCAGACACUUCGGUCUUGUUCGGCAUUCUCACCAAAAUGGUUCAGAAGAAUUGGUGUGUUUCUUUGCCUACCUCUCCGCGACUCAAUGCAAAGGGAUCAAACAGAUCCAGGAGGUUCAUAGCUGCAACUGCUCCGACCACCUCAGUACCCAAAGUAUUCUGAUCUUUACCGCUGAGUUGUCUGUUCAAAUGUCGGACCAGAAGAAUGGCUACGUCUUUUUCUGGAAUGCCACCAACACCAGCGAACCCACAGAAAGCUCCGACACUUACUCCAGUACCAUGUGGACUCUACCUGUACAGAUUGUAGAUAAUGUGACGUAUUGCCGAUCAGAUCACAGACGUAUAGUCAGACGCGUUGAAGAUUUGAAACGUCUGCCGCCAAAUUUAAUAAUACAGCCCCCGCCAAUAUUAAUUUUACAGCCGUAUGAGACAAUACAUCCUUCAGAACGCAGGUGCAAAUUUGGCUUGCUAGACAAAGAGGGGGAACUGUUCGUCCGGGUUUUUGUGAAUGCCUCCAAUAGUUGGCGUAUCAACAAGACUCUGGGCUUUGUCAGGAGCAACAUAUACUACGAUUUCAACUUAACUGCAAUGGAUGAGCUCUGCACUAUGAAGUUUAAAACUGUUACAAAUGCGCGUUAUGAAUGGAACCCUUCUGAUUGCUGCACCUGCUCCGUGAGGAACGCCAUGGGCGGGAUGAUGGUAUCCAUGGCAAUGACAGUGAAUAUGUAUUAUCAGUUAUGGCCUGUCACUUUCUUCUGGGCGAGCAGCGAUGGGGGCAAGGUGGAGAGGAUGUACAGCCCAAAGUAUUACAUUGAAGAAACUAUAUACCGUAACAAAGAAGAGUGCGAGAGAGAAGGAAAUAAUUUAACUGCUGGAGUUGACAAAGAAAAAAUAAGGAAAAUAAGAAUACGACAGUACCAAUCCCCAGAGAACUUAUGUGACUACGGCAUUGUAGAAUUCAAGGAUAUAAUCACCCUGAGAGCGUAUGUCAAUAUAGGGGCGUAUACGUCCUGGUUGGUUGAGAAACAGUUUGGUUUUCAACGUCAUUGGCAAUACAUACCAACUAGAAUAGAUUGCCUUAUUAAGUUCACUUCAAAGGAGACAUAUGAAAGCAAUAGCCCAGGGAUGUACUCUUGCGAAGCGUUUAUCAUUUAUAAUGAGGGCCACGUAGUCUUUAUUUUUCGGACAACAGUCCCACGCCUAUUCUGGUAUAUUCCUUACUCAUUUUUCUACAACCUACCCGUACUCGGUGCUCAGGGCAUCUACAAAAAAAUAGAGACCAAGAAAUUCUUCAUCAAAGACGACAUUUACAAAAGUCUGAAUGAGUGUAUGUCAACAACUGUAAAGAGGACCAAGCAGAGGCCACUAGGGUGCCUCGAGAAAUCAGUAUCGAAGUAG